AUUGGGAAAUGAGGCUGCUAAAUCCACAUUUUUUGGCUGGUACCGAUUCCAUAGUUCGGUGGGAAGCACCUAGUAUUUUCCACGGGGAUCUACAGCCAGAGGGGACCGUGGGGUGGGGUGGAGGGGUGUCCCUGAAUGACAAGGCUGCAAGUGCAACAGGAACAGGAGUUUUUUGGGGGGGGCGCGGGAGGUUGGCCCUAGCAGGUGCACAGGGAAGACGAUCGGACGCCCAACCCCAGCAGCAAGUCUCUUUACUUCCGAGGAGAUCCUUACACCCACCCACUCACCCCUCGCCUCCCCCGGGGUGCCUGGAAUGAAAACGGAGCUGCCCAGAUUGAGUAAACCAGGAGUAACCGCGGAGUACAUGGCAGAGGACGUGAUCUCGGAGAAGAGAGAGCGGCCGAUCGGCGGGCGGGUCAUGGAUUGACAUGCCAGGGUGGAGGAGAAGAGAUCGCUGCCCGAGAUCGCGAACCCUUUCCCGGGCUGGAGGAGGAGGAGGGGAGGGAGAGGGACCUGGAGAGUUCAGGUGCCCGUUCAGGAAGCGGCACAACGGCCUCUCGCCUUUUUCGCGCCCAGGCUCCCAGGAGCAAGGCGAGGGCGGGGAUCGCGCCAGACACCCGGAAUCCGUGACUCUCCGGCUGCACGUCCCAAGAAACUCUCGCGGCCGUGGAGCUGGGGGAGGGGAGGGAUCUGGCCCGCCCAAAGCAAGUCAUCUCCCCGAUCGCGUCUCCAAAGCGCCCUCCCUGCCAAGGGCGAAAAGCCACCCCAUGGCUGGGGAGGGGGGCUGGCUGCCCAGUGUAGGAGCCCCCCCUCGAUCUCCUAGGCGGCAGCACCUGUAGAGCACGAGGCGAUCGAGUCCACUCGAUCCCACCCCUUUCCCGCAACCUCCCCACGGCUCCGCAGAGCGAAUCGAAGUCGUGCAUGUGCUCCUGUCUCUUGCAAGGCGCUGCUCUGCUCGGUUUGCCACGCCCGGGUUUGCAGGACGCCGCCGAGCUGCUGGUGCCGCCGCCGCCGCCGCUGAUCAGCAUUCGGGGGGGGGCGAUCGGGCGAUCGGGACGUGCCCUCCGGCUGGCCAGCGCCGCGCACCAUGAGGCGAAGAGCGAGCGAGCAGCCGGCGGGGAGCGCCUGGCGUUGCCUUGGGAUUUGACCACACUGAAAAAAGGCUGCUGGUGGUGUUGGGGGAGACCCAAAACCAGCGGGGAAACCCUUCUAAUCCGGAUCGGUUGCUACGGAGCGGACUCUCCGCCGGGAUCGUGGGGAGGAAAGGCUCUCUCGCUCUCUCCCUCCCUCCAAUGCCUCGCUUGCGUCGUCCCCGGGAAGGCGCGCAACAAAUGGCAGCCAGGUCUGUGAUCCGGGCUGCGGUAGCAGCAGCAGCAGCAGCGACUCCCAGGUGAGGCGCAAAAGGCUCGGCAAAGCUGCAGCUCUCCAUGCCCGCCUGCGCCUCGCCUUCCACGCCGCCUGAGUCACCCCGCUGCACCCGACCUCUCGCCCAUAAGAUAUGAGAUGGCACCAUGUGAUUCAUUCAGCAAGAUCUCUUUCUACCUCUUUGUCAGAAAAAAGCAGCACCCUAUGAGGAUAUCAUCAGAUAGGAGGCUACCUGGCAACCUUCCAAGGCUUCUCACCAAAACAUCAAAGCUACGAUAAGUUGGCAGGGAUGUUCUUUCGAAAAGAAAACCGACCAUGAGGACGCCCGCGCAUUAACACAUUCUUGGGCAACGUCGCCGAAGAGGAUGAGAUUGGCGUUUUGUGCCUGAGACCCUUUGCCACCACUGUUGGGUAAAUGAGAAGUGGCUGUGUGAUUAUGCUGACAUCCCAGCAUGCAUCUGGUAGACCUGUGGUUAACUCGCUCCCUCUCCAUGUGUCUGCUCUUACAAAGCUUUGUCCUCAUGAUACUGUGCUUUCAUUCUGCCAGUAUGUGCCCCAAAGGUUGCCUUUGCUCCCAUUCCGGAGGUUUGAAUGUCAGCUGCAGCAAUGCAAACCUCAAGGAAAUACCCCGAGACCUGCCUCCUGAGACUGUCCUCCUUUACCUGGACUCCAAUCAGAUCACCUCCAUCCCCAACGAAAUCUUCAAGGACUUGCACCAGUUGAAAGUCCUCAACUUGUCCAAAAACAUUAUCGAAUUCAUAGACGAACACUCCUUCAAAGGGGUGGCCGAAACCUUGCAGAUGUUGGACUUGUCGGACAACCGGAUUAAAAGUGUCCACAAAAACGCGUUCAACAACUUAAAGGCCAGGGCUAGGAUCGCAAACAAUCCCUGGCACUGUGAUUGUACUCUGCAGCAGGUCUUGAGGAGCAUGGCCUCCAACCACGAAACGGCCAACAGCAUCAUCUGUAAGACUUCAGAAAUCGACGAACACGCCGGGAGGCCGUUCCUCAACGCUGCCGACGCCGACCUCUGCAACCUCCCUAAAAAGACUACUGAUUAUGCUAUGCUGGUCACCAUGUUUGGCUGGUUCACCAUGGUGAUAUCCUACGUCGUUUACUACGUGCGGCAAAAUCAAGAGGAUGCUCGCAGGCACCUCGAGUACUUGAAAUCCCUGCCAAGCAGACAAAAGAAACCAGAGGAAGCAGAUGACAUAAGCACUGUCGUAUAGUGCCCCGGGUUCAGUGAUUGACUACGAGGUGGAAAUUAAAUGUGCAUAGCACGGAUGCCAGGUGUUUACUUCUAACAUUCGUUGUAAACCUGUAAGACUUUUUCCCUCCCCAAUUAAGCUGAAUUAUACCACUGUCAAAACUUUCUAACAAAAAGAUUUCUGUUUGGGUGAUAACAGUACACCUUUAUUGUUUCUCUGGUGGUAUUCUCAACCAAGUAAAACUAAUAUGUAAACAUUAGUUUAGACCCAUUCCACUCUUUAAUAAUGAAAUUUAUUUUUUUAAUUUAAAACCAAAUAAAAGCUUAACUUUGAA